AAGACAAAGACUAGUGUUUCAAUACAAUCCUCCACGCCGGCCAUCCCUCGCACUCAUUUUUUAUUCGAUCCUGGUCCAAAAUAUUUGUCCAAAUAGAAUAGAAAAGCGUCUCGGUCGUUGAAAUAAAAUGUAACUCGAAUCGAGCAUCACGACGUUUCAAACGUUGACCUUGGACGGAACUCGGUUGCGUUCCCAGCGUCACGUGUUUCGGAUACGUGUACUGAGUAUUUGCAUAGGCGCAAUUGCGGCGGCGAGGGUGACACGCGACCGCUGUGCAAACAACGGUAUUUCAUUUUCAUCCCAAAAAAUAGAGUUCCGGCCUUGGGAUCGAUAUCGGAUAUUGACAGGAGAUCAGUUUUGGUUCAUGGAUGAAAUGAAAGUCCGCGGUUUCGUCGGAAUUCGUUAGGGUUAUCACAGUGUCUAACGAGCCGCGUUAGAUGAAUAUCUGAAGAACAUGUUCUCAAUUAUCUUCAAACGAAUCACUUACGCGACACACGCGUCGCUUAUGAGUUCGUCGAAGCGCAGUUUCGUUUUUGUCCCCGAGCGAAAAUGUUGCAUUUUCUCUUCGUCCUCGUUUUCACGCGUUCGUGGGCCAUCGUCGUGCCCGAAAUUGACAAUGAAGUAGAACGAUUUGAAGAAGAGACGGGCGGUGAUCGGAGAUUAAUUGUCGAGAGCUUGAGGAAAUACGAAGACGUCCGCCAUGCACUUCUAAAGGCGAUACCCUGCAUCUCAAAUUUCCUGACGAAGUACUUGGCAGAGACAGCGUACACGACUUUUCCCAUCAUAGACGACGGGAGGAUGGUCAACGACAUGCUUCGAUUGCUGGAAGAAAGCCUCGACGAUCGUUACGCGUUUUACAAACACAGUAUGGACACGAUGUUCGACGUAGCUCUGCAAAAAGUAGCAUUUAACGCGAUCAUGAUAAUGAACAAUGCCAGCAGCCUCGAGGAUUCUUUCUACGUUUUAGAACCGUGCGAUCGUAGCUGUCCCUUCGUCACGUUAUGGUCAACGAUAUUUGAAGAUGAGGACAGUUUCCUUUCCGAGGUUGACGCGUUCGCGCAGUCGAUGUGGAGCCGAAGAAUCGCGAUUGUCAUCGUCUUGGCAAGAGUUCGAGAUUCCCUGUACGCUGCCAGUAGCGUCACCUUCGAGCCCGACAAGCCGUGCACCCCGUCUUACCCGGUUAUUUUGGACAAAUGUCAUGAGGACGGUUCUUGGAAGUUGAUGAAGCCGAUCGAGCCGCCAGAAAUGAACGGAUGCUUCCUGAAGAUAGGAUACUACGACUUUGCGCCCUACGUGACAGCGGUGAACGAUUCUGAAGAGUUGCAGGGUUUCGAGGGUAAAUUAACGGAGGAAGUGUUCAGGGGGAAGCAGAUUGUGAGAGAAAAAAUCGAGGAGAUCAGUAACUCGAGCCUCGAGGAACAGGUGUAUAUGUAUUUGAACAACGACGUGAUGGCAGAUGUAAUCAUCGGUUGCAUUCUUGAGAAAUCGUACCCCGGCGUAGGUUACUCUAUUACUUACGAUAUACUGAAGGUAGUCUGGGUGGUGCCAAAAGUGCCGAACAUCUCCUUGAAAGGACUCAUUCAUCCGUUUCAACCGUACGUCUGGGCAGCGAUAGGCGCCUCCUUGCUCUUAGGCGUCCUCGUCAAGGUUCUCGUCAAUCUAGACCUGUCCGGAUUGGAUAUAUUCGCGCUGAUAAUUGGAUCCUCUACCGCUCGCCAGCCGAGAAGGCUCUCGACCAGGAUUCAAUAUCUCGCGUGGAACAUCUUCGGGCUGUUCCUCACGCAAGUCUACGUGGACUCGUUAGCGGAUCAGCUGAUAAAUACGGCGGAUCACAGGAUCGAGACGACCAGCGAAUUGCUGUCGUCGUCUUUCCAACUCGGCGGCACAAUGGUUUUUCAACUCGCUCUGGAGAACUACGACGAGGACGAGGACAUACUGAAGGUCAAAGAAAGGUUCGUCGCGUUCGAACACGAACAGUAUGUGCAGCAAUUGAGCGAUCUCCUCGAUGGAACGAACUCUUCGUUCGCGUUGAUAGCCUUCUUGAACUCUUCGCGGAGCAGUGCCAUCGAGACUAAGUACGCGUACACCAUGACCACGGAAAUGAUAUGCCAGUAUCCUUUGGCUCUAGCCAUCUGGGAAGGAUUCCCAUAUAUCGACGACAUCAACAAAAAGAUUCAGCAAUUAACAAGCGGAGGCGUCAUCAACUUCAUGAUAGAGCAAGCCAUAGCAAAGCGCAAACGCGCUAUGCACUUACAAAUCGCGAAAGAACAGGAAUACAAGACCGAGCUUCAUUUUCAACAAUUUGCGCCAGCCUUUCUCUUGACGAUCAUCGGUUUCUCCAGCGGCUUGUUGUUCUUCAUUCUCGAGAUCGUCCUGUAUCCUUCGAGGCUCCUAGAGUAAGAUCGGAACAGUCGACUGUGGGCGGCGAAUUGAAUGUCAGACAAAUUGUCGUGAAAGGACGUCGUCCAAAUGACUGGAUAUCGUUUUACCAUAGAUUAUCGGCUUUCGCUUUAUGAAUUAUAGACGGAUAUUGGAUUGCGGGUGAACGCGGUGCGCCGUAACCUUUUUGUCAAAGUGGCCAAUCCGUUUCAAGGACAUCCACGAUUUUCAAAGAUUACGCUCUUCUCGAUUGUUUCUAUCACGUCAUCGGUUUACGAGUUUCGUCAAUUUUAUCACAUUUAUCGCAAUGAUCAUUUCGUUUCGGUUAUUGUCGGGUAAUGAACUUUCUUCUCGAGUUCUUUUAUUUUUUCUGCCCGGCAUAAAUAACCUUCUGAGGAUAGUGUGUGGAUACUUAAUUUCGUCCCUGCUAUAUCCGACUCUGAAAAUAAUCCUCGCGCGGUCGUUCACUGGCUCGUUCACGGCCCACUCGUUCUCAUGAUCGAAGAUAGGCAAUGAUCCUGGCCAGAGACCGUUCGUAUCGUAAAGGAAACGUCAUUUCCUCUGGUUUUCAGAAGAAGAAGAAACUCGUAAAAAUUCUUUCCCUUAGAAGUUUCUUUUGUCUUACGCUCGAAAAUGUGAUGUAAUUAAAUGUAUUAUCUCGAACGAGAUCCCGGGGUCCCGAUUUCAAUUCCAAGAGCUCUAAAACUUCGCUCAUUUCGCCGACUUAUGGCCCGCGUCGACCCACACAUUAGCAUACUAUAAAAGUGAACGCGACGAUUCAAAAUUACCACUAAUGCUCUUUCCAUCUGCGUGUACGCUUUCCUAUACCGUUUUAUGAUAUCGGUUAGAGCGUAUGGAAUAGAUUCAAGAAUUUAUUUCAUGGAAAUGUCGCAACUAUUUUUUGUUUCAAUAACCGACGAUAAUUUAAUUUUGAAACCAGUUCUUUCCCAGCUCUGUUCUUAUUUCAUUUUAUAAUAUAAAUUUAACGUGCAUUUGCACGUCGAGUAAAUUUCGAGUUUCGUGCAAUGGGAAUCACCGGAUCCAGAGUAUACACACUGAUUUUCUAACUUUCUGAGGACUCGAAGGACGGUGAUCGUUAGCCCUUAAUUCGGUUUGGAAAAGGAAAAAGCACUCGAGGCUUUGAGCGUGAAAGAGGUAACUGAGAAGUGGAUGGCCGAAAUGAAAGCGCAGUUUUUCAUAAUUGACGCUGGGUAAACGGAUAUUAAUAUCGGCCGGGUAACACUCGUAAUUGCUGGCCCUUAUUAUUUUCCACCACUCGAAUUAGAAGCCUCUAAACGGAACUCCCGUCCCGUUUCCGGGCCGCCGCAAUUUCGUUCAGCUUAAUAAACCUCGUUAACCCGCUAUAAUGCCGUCACCUUCUUCUAUACAAUAAUUUAACCCGCUAACAACCUUCCCUUCCAAAAACAAAAAACUUUACACUAGAUCCUCAUUUGCUGUUUAUUUCUCAGCGACUCCAUUAUUUUCGGACUGUAAUGCAAGUUAAUGGUGUGGUCGGUUUUACGUGAUUGGUUAUAAGCAACUACGAAAUAUCACGUUUGAUACUCGGUUUCAUUGUUCGUAACUAGAUAUGCAAUCAUGUGGAGUCGUAAAAGCUACGCAAUUUAUAGGCUUCGCAUGCGUAUGAUAAUUAAACGUAGAUGCAAAUGAGCUGAGCAGUUUGUUUCAUUCCCUUUGUUCCGCAAGGAAGUUUAUCAUAAAACGUGAUUGCACUAGUAGAUAUAGUGUCCUGCACUGUAUACGUGUAACCUCAACUGAUAUAUUUAACUGUAAUUCACUAAUGUUUACGUCAAUGUACUUCGGUUUAAUGUUAAUAUAAUUGAAACUCCUGAAGUUUCAAAACUUAUGGCAGAUUAAGGAUGUAUUGGC